UUAAAAAAUUAAAUGAUAAAGAUAAUGAUAGAAAUCUUAUCUGUUACCCCAAAUUGGAAGUUACACGACAUGUUCAAGUUCUUUCAAAAUGGUUCAAUUGGGGAAUCCAAGAUUCCGUUGACCUGGUUUACGAUUCUGAGUUCCAACUUCCCAACUUGCAAGGCGAGGGGAAAAGGUUGAUUCAAACAAGUUCGUUCACGUCGGAAUGGAUGACCGAAGAGCAAGUUUUGGGUUUAAUUAGGAAAAACAUUAAAUUCAUGGACAUAACAGAUUACCAAUUCCCAGUUAGCCCUGCUUUUGAGAAUGAAGUCAUGCCUUUAAUUUCUAAACUUUCCAUCGAGCACAUGAAAAAAAACCUCGAAAAAUUCACAUCUUUUCGUAAUCGAUAUUAUCGUUCUAAAUAUGGUGAAGAAUCCUCUCAAUGGCUAUAUGAGCAGGUUGCCAACAUUGUUAAAAAUGCAAAUUAUUCGGAUCCAAUUCUAUCAGUUAAGCAAUUCCCGCACAAAUGGAAUCAAAAAUCUAUCAUUGCAAGAUUCCGAGGUUCUGAUGAUAGUAAGUCAAAUGAAGUGGUCAUUGUUGGUGCGCAUCAAGAUUCGAUUAACAUGUGGAUGCCUAGUUUUGGUCGAUCUCCCGGAGCUGAUGAUGAUGGAAGCGGUACUGUUACGAUUUUGGAAGCAUUUCGUGUGCUAGUUGAAGGGCAAUUUAAGCCUUCGCGCCCUGUCGAAUUUCAUUGGUAUUCAGCAGAAGAAGGUGGCCUUCUGGGAUCUCAAGCAAUUGCUUCGUAUUAUGAAGAAUUAGAAUUUGAUGUAAUUGCCAUGUUGCAGAAUGAUAUGACAGGUUACGUGGGUAAAAAGUAUCCUGAAUCGUUUGGGAUUGUCGUUGAUUUCGUUGAUAUGGACUUAACCGAAUUCAUCAAGAAACUGAUUAAAUCAUAUGCAGCAUUACCUGCAAGAGAUACAAAAUGCGGCUAUGCUUGUUCUGAUCAUGCAUCGUGGAGAAAAGCUGGUUAUCCCUCCGCUUUUGCUAUUGAAGGUGCUUUUGAAGAUUCUAACCCAUAUAUCCACACUUCUAAUGAUAUUAUUGAUCACCUUAGCUUUGAACACAUGCGUGAAUUUGCCAAG